CUUUCGAGGUUGAACAUUUAGACAGCGCCUAUUUAUACGUUUGUUUGUGGGAGAUAGGCAUCGUUUUCUCACCAUCGUCACGUCUGCAACGUCGUUCAUCUCUUUAAAUGUAGCUUCCCAUCCCCAAUAAAAUCUGAAGAUCAAACGGUUCGAAACUGAAAGUGAAAAAACGUGCAAUCAGGAAAUUGCGUUCGAUAGCCUGACAGGGAAACGAGAAACGGUGGGAGUUAAAAUCCUGGAGGCUACUUCCGAAUGUCUGCGAUCGCUUUCUUUCAGAAGCCCAGCAUGGCUCACAUGCACUUGAAGGAAAAAAUUGAGCUGGAAAAGAGCGUCAGGAGGUUCAGAGAGAUGUUCCACGGGAACGUGCCGUUAGAGUUAGCGGUGCUGCUGAUGAACAGAUUUCGCUGUAAUUACCAGCUGGUAGCCAAGCACAUAAUUCUCAUGGUCCCUGACCUGGAUACUGAUGGUCUAGAAGCUGACGACAGGAGAGAGAUAGAAGCCAGUCCAGUUCUCCAGGUAAAUGGGAACCUUUCCCAUCUGUUAUAUUAUCAGGAUGUCAUCGAGACUCUCCAAGCUGAAGAGAGGAAAGCGAAGGAGAAGACAAUGAAGAUCAAGGAGGAUCCUGAAGUAAAGAAACUAGUGUCACAGUUGACGCAGGCGAACCUGAAACUGUUUGAUCAGGCCAGUGCCAAGCAGAUACCGUGGGUGGAGAAACAGUUUGCAUGCAGGCAGUGCGAUCAUUACUGGUGGAGGAGAGUACCUGAUAGGAAACAGGUCUCGAGGUGUCGCAAGUGUAAGGUGAAGUACGGUCCAGUGCCGCGUGACAAAAUGUGGGGCUACGCUGAAUUUCACUGCCAAUGCUGUGGCAACACCUUUGGGGGCUUUGGACAGAUGGCACUGCCAGCUCCGUGCUACGUUUGCCACAGCUGCGUGACUCCCGUGCGUAUCCUUCCACCGAAGAAGGGGGUUGGCCCUCGCACCCGAAGACCCCACAGCUGUUUCGCUGAGGAUUGCUACCAUCGCAAAGAACCUCACAUCCCCGGGACGCACUGUGUUCACCCACGCAGCAGGCAACAGAAGGGACUCCCCAGAGUGCUGUACCCCAGCCCAGAGCACCACAGCACAGGGUCUACCAUCGCCACCUGCCUGAGCCAGGGGAGCCUGAUGGAGUGCCAUGUGGAUAACAUCAUUGAGGAGGACAUCCUGGAGGAGGAGGAGGAGGAGGACACGACCGAGGAAGAUGACGAGGACUCGACGGAACACCAGUCCGGCAAUGAAAACAGCGCCAACGGAGACUGAGGUGAUGCUCGUCCCAGCCCCAGCUCCGUCCCGCACCAGGUCCCAAACACUCACCGUCCCCAAGCGCAUGGCCCUGGAGUAAUGUCCCCACCGCACCCCCCAACACCAAACACUGAGACACCCCUCCGCCAAUCCCUGGGUUCGGGCGAGCUCUGCGGUUGGCAUUUGGACGGAUUGCCUACACCUAGGAAGGGCAUUAUAAAUCCCCUUCCUCACAUCCCUCUUGUUGGAGUGCGUGUAAGAAAGCUCGUCAUCCCCGUUUCCGAUCCGCGACGAAGAAAGGGCAAGGUUCAGUUAUGUUUUCCGGCUCAGCGUAAGUUUUGUCGAGCUGAUCAACAAUGGGCGGCAUCGCUGUCCUGAGGUCUUUCAUCCACUCCCCAAAUGCAUUCGAUUCGUCCUUGUGUGUUGGUGUGCGUGUGGGUGUCGUUUUGAAAAGGCGACCAACCUUCGAUUACAGCUUGAGGCUGCAGCUUCCAAUCAUUGCCAGCAGGAUGAGUGAGGCCUGGUGUGUUUGAAGCCCUCCUGGCUCUGCAUCUGUGUCGACUUGCUCCUCUGUGUCCUGAAUCCUCAAAACAGUUACUUACUUCCUGCUCGGAGACGAGUGCAGGAGCAGCUAUUGAGCGCUGCAUUUGUACAGCGCAGAACAAAGCCACCUUGCUCACUAUUGCCUCUGCUGGCUCUCGGGGAAAAAAAGUAUAGCCAAUUCACUCGUUUCCCCAGAGCCCUUUCUUUUUAAACGAAAACAAAGAACUGUAGAUGCAAGAAACAAAAAAAACCCCCCAGAAAUUAGCUGGAGAAGCUCAGCAGGCCUGGCAGCAUGUGUGCAGAGAGAAAAGUAAUUAAUUUUUGAGUCCAGACCGUGUGCUUGAAACUGCUGUUUCUGCGAGAGACUUACACAUUCUCUCAGACUUGCUUCAGAAAGCAAUUUCUUCUUUGCGCUCUCACUGAGCUCGAAUCCUCCGUCGUCUCCUGUCUCCCACCGUGUCAUUCACCACACUUUCAAAUUUUUCUGUUUCCUGACAUGCACACGAAGUACCUUGGCAUGUUUUACCAGCGUUUGAGGGUGCUGUAUUGUUGUUGAAUUGAUAUCUGUUAAUCCCUCGCGUUGACCUUUGGAUGGAGCUUUCCUUCCCAUUUUGUUCUUAGUUCUGAAUCUCUGUCCGAGGGAACAAUGCUCCAUCCUCAGAUUGUAUUCUCCCAUGCCCUGUGCCCGUUAUGUUUUGGAUCCAGGUAUGUGAGCUUUAAUGUAAAAUAAAUUUCGACUCUACAA